AUGUCUGCGAACAGCCUUGCAUUUUACGGAGAGACUGGAAGAUGUUUCAAACCAAACGAUAAUCCAGUAUUUACAGAAAAACUUCAGAACACAUAUGUCUAUAUCGAUGAAUCAGCCAUUCUUACAUGUAAACUUAACGUGUCUGAGAAAGCAGUCAAAUGGCUACGUGAUGGCCAACCUGUAGACGAAACAGACACCUUAAUGUUUCUUACAAAGAAAUGUACCCACUGGUUGGCAAUUUCUCGCGCAAAGUUGAUAGAUAGUGGAAAUUAUGCUUGCAUUUGUGGAAAUACAUCAACAACGGCUUUCCUACAAGUUUCAGAGAAACCGUUAAAGAUAACCGUGGAUUUACAUGUAGCUACAGUAGAAGCAGACGUCAGAGAAAGUAUGGAUAUCGUAUUAAUUUGUGAGGUCAACCUACGUACGAAUAAGGCUGUCUGGCGACAUAACGGCCAAGUAAUUAAAACAUGUAAUAGGCAUGUUUGCUCGGUACAAGACCUAGAACACAAACUGACUAUUCGAAAUGCAAAGUUUGAGGAUGAGGGUGAUUACACAGUUGACUUUGGUAAUGCAACAUCAAGUGCAAAACUGAUAAUUAAAGGCAACCUCAAUCUAUUACACAAAAAACAACUCAUGGAACAUAUGUUCAGAAACUGGAUAAGAGGGGCACUUGGACUUAAAUAUUUGAAAAUUGGCCUAGAGGGGUUUUCUGAUAUUGCUGUUGGGAAGCAUCACUCAGAAUUUCUAACACGCCUUUCGGGUACUGGAAAUAAAUGCACACGCUGUACAACAAAACUACUCCUCCCGUCACACAAACAAGAACAUUGUCCAAAGAAAUCCAAUUGUCUAUGUUCGAAGAAACCAGAUAAGAGGCUGCCUUGUCCUAAUGGAGGUUUUUGUAGUACUUUUUAUGAUAAUAUAUUUUUUGACCAUCGAUUUUUCUGUCCAUUGAUGGCGAACACGGACAUACACAAAUGGGGCAGUGAUCCUUGGAGUGUAGCUACAUGUUACAUCAGUACUACUGGCUACAAAGACAAAAAGUCAGCGAAAGAGAUUGAUUGUGCAGGAUUACUGACCUUAUUCAUCAACAACACAUUUUUUGAAAGAAGUCUUGGUAGUGUUGAAAUAAAUGGUGAGACAGAUCUAUUUAAACAGGCAAGGGAUGUACGCAAUUACAUUCUUCACAGCGCGAAUUAUGAGUUGUCUGAAGGUGAACUAAGUGAUUAUAUUGACCUGUUCAAAGACGUCCUGGAGAUCAAAGAUAUUAAUGGAGGGACUCCACUUUCUUGUCAGCCAGGUGUUCAAAAGGCAAUUGAAACUUUGAAUGAGUUACAGAACCUCCAGAUUGAUAUACAUGUUUCUGAAGAUCUUCAAAAGCAAAUUGAAGGCCUACAACAGCACGCUAUGAAUGAAUUAGCAGAAAAAGUUGAAGAAGCAGAGAAACAGAAUCGUAUUAAGCUUCAGCUGUUGGAUGAUCAAUUGAAAAAGAAACAGGAGGAAUUUCAGUUGAUGCGUGAUUUUAGGUCAACACAGAUACAAAGUGCAAAGUCAGAAAAAGUGCCAUUCGAACUCGAAUUGCAUAUCCGAGUUGUUGGAUCAACUGGAGAGACAGUUGCGGAGGGGAGACAACGUAUAUUCGAGAGCAUGAAAGAUUAUGUUGCUAACUACAUAAACAGUCCAGAGCAGCCUACCAAAUCUAUUGAUCAAUCGGUUUAUUGCCUUCUUGGUUACAUAACCAACAUUAAAGACUGUGAGAUUGCUGACGUGUUUGACGUCGAGUCGUCAGUCGACAUCAAAAUCUACUGCUUUACUUGUCAGGCUAUUGAAGAGUUUCUUAACUUGAUCAAUGGAAGCGAGUUUCAGAAAGAAACCAUAGAGCUAAGGAAAAAAUUAGAGACGCAGGAACGGAUAAAGACAUAUGACGUAUUAGCAAGCUGUUCAUCAGCAAGUUUGGAAAACACCAGGAAACGUUUACACAAUCGUUCUUCAACUGGUUCCCUCACUUGUGAUAACCACCAAGGUGUGCAGUGCACGUGGUAUUGUUCUGACCAUGACAAGUGCUUUUGCUCGACUUGUAAGGAUUCAGACCAUAGUGAAGGGCCGGUCGGCAAUAUUCAGUUUGUGAAUAUAUCGGGUAAAAUGAAGCUUGAGCAUACAGUUAAGCUUGACCAUGAAUGCUACGCACUGGCUGUUCAUGGUGAUACUCUCUAUGUCACAGAUCGUAACACAGUAUAUACUUAUAAUAAAGUUCUUCAACAGAAAAAAAUGCUGUACUGCAACCGUUGUUUGAAAGAAUUUGAAAUUAUGUAUGGUAUUGCUGUUAGUGAUGAUGGCGAGAGACUUUAUAUUACAGCUCUUUCAGGGAGUAUUAUAACAAUAGAUAAAAACGGAAAUCAAUUGUUCGCUUUGAACUAUGGUCAUGAUUUUGCCAGAGAUGCGUGCGUUGUUGGUGAUGGCACUGUACUUGUACUGGACAAAUCAAACGUUGUGUUCCAGGUUGAUUACAGAGGUGAAAAAGAUCUGGGAAAUGUUGUUUGUCCGUCAGAUGGUUUAGAAUUACCAGAAUCGUUAUGCUAUGAUAGGCAAAACUGUAGACUAAUAGUUUCGUGUUACAUGAGUAACUAUGUAACAGUCUUUCAGAUGCAGCAUUCACGACAGAUAUGA